AUGAUUGUAUCGCUAUCGAUGAGAGUGCGGUAUCUCAAUGUUGCUUUAAUAAAAUUAGCUAAAUUAGACCCUGGUUACUUUCCAAAGCACUAUUUCUUUGAUGGAUUAUAUUGGUUUGAGAAGUUAGACAAGAGGAAUGAUAAUAAGAUAAACGGAUCCAAUAUAUAUUCCCCGUACUGGGUCAUAACUUGCUGGGUAUAUACGUCUUUUGGAUUUAUACAAUUAGACAUAUUUUAUGAAGAGAUAGAGAGAACUAAACUUAUAUGUACAUACAUAUUAUUAAAAAAUUCGAUACCUCCGAAUGUUAUACAGCUUGCUGGAAGCAUUCUCAUGACAAUAAGCACAAGAAGUCCCAUUAUUUCUGUAUAUGGAAUGUUCGAAGCCACGGCCGGAAUGUUUAUUAAACUUAUAACAGCAAUGAUGAUCUACAUUAUCAUACAGUUGCAUAUAUCAGUAUCUACGUCGAAAAGUUAA